UUCCAGGGCGGCGGUCCGAAAGUUCCAUACCCCAAGCACGUCUGGUCACCAUCAGGUGGCUGGUACACGCAACCCUCGAACUGGAAAGCGAACACAGCGAUCAUGGGAGCGGUUGUGCUCGGCAUCACGGCUAUGAUGUGGAAGGUGAGCGCGGACAGGGAAUACCGGGAUAAGUUUCCUGAGAAGGGCAGAUUCUUUCCGAGUCGAUACUGGAGCAAGCAGAUCAUUGAGCACGAGAAGAAUGAGAAAAAUGAGAAGGGGGGAUCAUGA